GUAAACUCUUCCGACUUAAGAGUGCUUCUUAUACAUAGUAUUCCUUAGAUAGCACUCGACAGUUCCUACAAACUAUUGCUCUUGGAAGUCGAGUCCUAGCUGCCGCCAUACUGAACACGCCGAAGUAGCCGCAAGCUGUGUGUACCCUGAACAAGUAUAAACCGUGCCAAUUAUACUGGUUAAGUCAUUAUCCAAGCGCGUUGGAGAAGUUCUCAGUUCAUCAAUAGGGUUAAACUCUCGCCGUUAACUGUUCCACUUACACCUUUGCUUUUCAAACUGCGGGCCUCGCGACAUCGAUGACUGUGUCAGUUGCGUCGUCCGCUAUAGCAGCGGCGGCAACCUCAUGCGCGGCGGCAUCUGCGGCGCCUCACAGGGUGCCGCAUGCGGAUAAAGCCUGGGAAUGGUUCAGAAGCAUUGGGUCCCCCAAAUACCAUGUGGCGCCGAUGGUUGACCAGUCGGAGCUGCCUUUCCGCUUGCUAUGUCGCCGCCACGGCGCAACUUGUGCCUACACCCCCAUGUUACACGCCCGCAUCUUCACACAAGACAGGAAGUACAGAGAGGAGAUGCUGACCGUCACCCCCGAGGACCGCCCCCUGCUGGUGCAGUUCUGCUCCAACGACCCGCAGCACCUGCUAGCAGCCGCACGCCUGGUGGAGGCAGCGGGGAUGGCGGACGCCAUAGACAUCAACUUUGGCUGCCCGCAGCGCAUCGCGAAGCGGGGCGGCUACGGAGCCUUUCUCAUGGACGAUCUGGACAAGAUCGAGUCCAUGGUGCGGAUACUGGCGCAGAACCUGCGCAUCCCGGUAACCGCAAAGAUCCGCAUUUUCCCGGACCUCUCCAAAACCAUCGCCUACGCUCGCAUGGUGGAAGCAGCAGGCGCCUCCCUGGUUGCCGUACAUGGUCGGCUUCGAGAGCAGAAGGACCUCUCAGCCACUCGAGCCGACUGGGACGCCAUCCGAGCCGUCAAGGCGGCCCUUAGCGUGCCGGUGCUGGCCAACGGCAACAUACGGCACUUGGGUGACGUGGCGGCGUGUUUGGCGUACACGGGUGCGGAUGGCGUGUUGUCGGCGGAGGGGCUGCUGGCGGACCCGGCGCUGUUCGAUGUGCCGGCGCGAGCGGCGGUGGCGGUGGGAGAUUUCGCCGCUCCCCCCUUGGAGCGCCUCGCCCUAGCCGCCGAGUACUGCUCCCUGGUGUCCGCCCACCCGGUGCCGCUGCGCAUGGUUCGCGGCCACGUGCACCGCAUGGUGUGGGACUGGCUGGCGGAGCACACUGACCUGCGGGAGCAGCUCAACAGGGCGCCGCCCACCAUACAGCUCUUCACGCAGGUGGUUGAUGAAAUGCGGGCUCGGGCAGCAGCCAGCGGUCGCGACGCGCCGGUGCCGCAGCUGAGUGCGGCGGAGCUAGCGGCGCUUGAACGGGAGGAGGCGCGGAAGAGCGCCCUGGAGGAGCAAGAGCGCGAGGCUGACGCGUUGGAGAGGCUGGACCGGCGGAAAGG